AUGGUAUGUGGACAGCAACGGUGUGAACCACACCAGAGUCUGCUCCAUCCCGGAGCUGCGGAACGACGAGGAGUGUUCUUUUCCUGGGCCCUUGGAUCCGAAACUCAACGUACCUACUUACUUCUGGGGGUUCGCGGCCCUGCUGAUGCGCAUGGAAGAUGUCCUUGCAACGACGCAACUGUCAUCACUGGAGACCGGCGAACAGGGAGGCGUGGCCGGCAUUUCUCACUUUGCUUACGAGCUUUCAGACCCAAGUCCGCACCCGUCCUUAGUGGACGUUGGUGGUGUGUGGCAGCGUUCCUCUAG